AUGGACUGCUCCCUCUUGAUCAACCCGUACUACGGGAAGACCUCCACGCGAGGUAUCGUGAUGCAUUUGGAGGAUAGCUUGAAGUAUGGCCCGGCCAUUAUCUACAACGUCCCUGGCAGAACCGGUCAAGACAUCAAGCCAGAGAUCAUCAUGCAGAUCGCGGGCCACGACCAUUUCUGCGGCGUCAAGGAGUGCAUGGGCCCUGAGAGGAUCAGGGAGCUUGCCGACCAGGGCGUGGCCUGCUGGUCUGGCAACGACGACCAGUGCCACAUGUCGCGGCGAGACUACGGGGCAGUUGGGGUCAUUUCGUUGACGUCGAACGUCGUCCCUGGCAUCAUGCGUGAGAUGAUGUACUCGGCCGACCGCGCCGCCGCUGACGCGCUGGACGCGAAGAUCCAGCCGCUGUACAAGUGGUUGUUCACCGAGCCGAACCCCAUAGGAGUCAACACCAUGCUUAUGAUGCUUGGGGCUUCGCAGCCCGUCUUCCGCUUGCCGUACACCCACACCUCCAAGGAGAUGCGCCGAGAGGCAGUGAAGCUGAUCCAGGCCGUAGGACAGCAGCACAUGCCGCUCCUCGGAGAGGUCAGGGUGUUGGAGGACGAGGAGUUUAAGCAUGUGCUCAACGGCGACGUGGCUGCCUAG